GGAGCUCGAUGAAGUGGUGUGAGUGUUGCCGAGUCAGUCGCAGACUGGAGUGCCCUGUGAGAGCAGGGGACGGACCGAACGAACGAACGAGGACUUGUACUCUUCUAUAUAUCCCUUAGCGCGCUCGCGAACUCUUCGCUCACGCGAAACGAAUGUCCGUCUAUCCGAAUGUCCGUCCCGCUUCUCUCCCAGUGUCGUCGUCGUCCCGAUUUCGCGUCCCGGUGUCACGUCCCGUGCCAGCUGUUUUCAUGACGCGCCGCUUCGUCAGGAAUCGCGAGCCGCAACGUGUUAUCGUGACGAGAAGAAGCUCGAUCGCGCGUCACCGCUGAUCUCGCGCCACAUUUCGCAGACGUCAAGCAGGAACUCGGAAUUGAAGUGCGCGAUGACGUCUCAUUGAUAAAUCGUGUGAUUGCUGGAAGAAAACGUGCAUCAUGAGGUCGGUCACGGCCGACCAGGACUUUGGCGCAGCCUGAUGCCAGAUCUUCGAUGCCGUUUUUCCGUUUAACGACAUUGUCGCGCGAUAUAUAGAGACACAGUGAAGAAGAGAGAGAGAGAGAGAGAGAGAGAGAGAGAGAGAGAGAGAAGGAAAGCGAUAGAGGGCGAAAGAGAGAGAGAGAGAGAGAGAGAGAGUGUAGUGCGUGCAGGUGCGAGAUUGUGCUCCAUUCCGCGUAUAUUCGGGGAGAGAAAAGGAAAGAGAGCUACACAUCGACGCGCAUAAAUUCCAGACAUGUCAGCAUACGCGCAAUUCGGAUACUCGUAUCCGUCGGCGUCUCAGCUUCUGGUAAGCGGUGGGCAGCCGACGACGGCGACGUCGCCGGCAAUGUCAUCGGGGAGCGCCUUGAGUCCGGGAGGUCUGUCGCCCUCGUCGACGGCGACAACGACGACGGGAAUCGGACCCGCGGGCACUGGCGGCGCCACGACUCCCGUGGGUGGCGCAGCAACCGGGCCCGGUUGCUGCGAGAACGGCAGGCCCAUGAUGACGGAUCCCGUAACGGGGCAGACGGUGUGCAGCUGUCAAUAUGACAGCGCCGCGAGAUUGGCGUUGGGUGCUUAUCCCCGGCUAGGGCCCACCGCGACCUCUUAUUCCUCCUACCCCACGCCGACGCCAUCCACCACCGAUCAGGGGCCUUAUCCCAGCAUCGGUAUGGACAGCUCCGCGUUCUAUCCACCAUUGGGUAAUCCGUACGGGCUGAAGGACGCGACGGGGAUGGGCAUGACGGCGGACAUGGGUGCUGCCUGGGGCACGGCCGCCCUUCAACCUGCCGCCACGGGUUACUACCCUUACGAUCCAACCCUGGCCGCCUACGGAUACAGCGCCGGCUACGAUCUGGCCGCGCGACGAAAGAAUGCUACGAGAGAAUCGACGGCGACCUUGAAAGCUUGGCUGAACGAGCACAAGAAGAACCCGUAUCCGACGAAAGGCGAGAAGAUUAUGCUGGCUAUCAUCACGAAGAUGACGUUGACUCAAGUCUCCACUUGGUUCGCAAACGCGCGGAGACGUCUCAAAAAGGAGAACAAGAUGACGUGGGAGCCGAAGAACAAGACGGACGACGACGACGACGCCGUGCUCUCCGAUUCCGAGGAUAAUAAGGAAAAGGACGAUCUCGCGGCGGAUAACAGAAGCGACCGGGUCGGCGAAGAGGCGAGACGGGGUGGUCUCGAUGAUACUGAACCAAUGAGGCACGUGAAAGCGGAACUUCUGCAGCAUGAAAAGGACCUCGACGACGAAGACGAUCUGGAUCUCGAGGACGAUCGUCGACGAAGCGAGCAUUCGUUUCAUCACGCGAUGCAGCAUCACCACCAUCACCAUCAAGGCUUUGGCGGCGAGGAUCAUUUAAAGGACGAGGGCAUCAAGCCGGAUUGUAGCGCGGGCGGCGUACCGAUACCCGCGACAAAACCGAAAAUUUGGUCCUUGGCGGACACGGCGGCGUGCAAGACACCGCCACCACCCUCGCAUCCCCAUCAUCAGCAAUAUCAUCAUCAGCAUCAUCAGCAGCACUACCCGCAACAGAACCAAUAUCACAUGCCUCGUCAAGACAUGAUUCAAACUGACACGCGACAUUCGUGGCUCGGUCCGGCAAGUAUGGUGGGAGGAGGCGGUAGCGCUGGAGGCGGCGGCGUCGGCGCCGGUGGCGGCGGAAACUUGGGGAGUUCGUUCGCUCUACCCUCCUCGGCCGGGAUGAGCCCGUCGGCGGCGGCGACGGCGCCCUUCACAGGCAUGGCCGCGAGAUACGGCGGUCUGCUCUCAUCCUCGUCCGGCAGUCAGCUCCAUUACAAUCCCAAUUCGUCGUCGGGCUCGAGCUCGAGCGCAUCCUCCUCGGCAGCGGCGGCGGCGGGGUUUCCCGAGGUUGGCACGGACACUCCACCCCAGACGCCGCCCAACAUGAAAGUGGCCACGCCGAACGGAGUGAUUCAGGGCCCACCGGGUGGUUAUUGUCCUGGUGGCAAUGCGACCGGCGCCGCGACUAACGGCAAUCCUAACAAUCCGUACGGGGCAUCGAUUCAUCCCGGCGGCGGCGGCGGCGGCGGCGGCGGCAGCGGUUAUCUGUCGACGAGUUCGGGCUCGGCCAGUAGCGCGUCGUCCUUUAGCUCUCGGCUGCAGAGCUCGCCAGUCGGGCAUAACUCCAUUCUCCACCAGCAUCAAACCACUGCCAGUUUGCCGCCCACGGAGGCCAGCACCGCGUUCAAACCGUUUUACAAAGGCUCGCAAUCAAUGGGUAACGGCUACGUGUCGCCGGUUUAAGAGAAUUCAACGCAAUGGUCCAGAACAACGGUCUUUUUCAAGAAUAAAGCGGCGCCGUUGAGGAAGGAUGUCCUGCGAGGAAGUUCUGCGGCCGGACUGUAAAUACGCGCUCCUGAGUGGUCUCGAGAUUUAUUAGCGUUAUCUCGACCUCGCGGAAAGAGCGAGAGAAAGAAGUGCAAAGCGAGUAGAGGCAGGCACAGGAAGGAAGGAAGGAAGGAAGGUGCUCGACUCUCUUCGAGAUACAUAAAUCUCGUUCCUCGACCUCUAGAACGCGCGACUAGGAAAAGACGUAUGAGGGAGCAGAGGAGGACCAAGGGGAUGGAUGGGGGUGUAGGGGGGAGGGUAGAGAAGCGCGGCAGUGUGCGAGGCGGGAGGAAGCGGCUUAGAGGAGAUUUAGGAAUUAGGAGAAUUACGUCAAAGUGCCUGCUUACGCACGGCUACGUACGGCGAAGCGACACCACGGCCCGGGUAAGAAGAAAGUAUAGGGACGCGCUCGGAUUUACGUCCGACGCGCUCUCUUCCCUCUUCGCUGCUAGCAAGAGAGCGCCGCCAUGCUUUCGAUCGGUACCGCCAAUCGAUCUGGUUGAUGGCAAAGGCAAGGAAUGCGGGAGGAGCGUACUUUCUUAAAUGGAAUCGGUGUAUUAACACUGAUAAGCUGCAAAAAGUAAAAUUUCACAAAAAAAGAAUCACUUAGUGGCUAAUUUUUCAGUGAAAUCUUACGGUCAUAAUUAGUGAAACAAGCUGGAUGGAGCAAAGCGUCAGUGCAUUUUCAUUGAAGAUCAGUGAGCGCUUAAAAUGUUAUUUAUAUCUUUAUUAAAAUUGAUAAAUACAUUGGCGUUAAUAAAUUUACGUUUCGAUCAAUUUAAUUGUGAGCAAUAUAUGUUAGCAUAGUUGUUGAGAAUUCAAACAAUGCUUGAAACGUAAAACAGAUAUAUACAGAGUGUUUCGAAAGUGGAGUUUAAUCGCUCUGAAAGUAAGAAAGUAAAAAAGGUGAUAUGACUAUAUAUACGGAAAUGCGUUGUUUUCAAGUUAUUGCCAUUUUUAUUGAAAUUUCAAAUUGCUUUGCUUUCAAACUUUUUUGUCAAAAUUGAACGAACAGAUGAUCGUUGUGUUUUAUAACAGAAUUAAAAUUGCAGGCUGCUUUAGCACUAUCUAGGAUAAAAAAAAGACCAUAAUAAAAAAAAUACAAACAAAAUAAUAAAUAAAUAAAUAAAUGUAAAAUCAUCUCUUUUUUUUUACUUUGAUAUAAAAGUUUGAAAGCAAAGCAAUUUGAAAUUUCAAUAUAAAAAUGGCAAUAACUCGAAAACAACGCAUAUCCAGAUUUAUGUUCGUAUCAACUUUCUUUCUUGUUUUAAGGUUUUCAAUUACCUCCCGAGCGUAAAAAUCUUGUCACUGCUUGAAUCGGUGACAUUUUCACUGAUCCAUUUUAAGAAAGUAACGAUAUACGGGCGAGAUUCUCGCUCUCCUAUAGAAGAACGCUUCCUUUCACAUUAUCCAGAUCGGCUGGCCGAUGAACAACCUUUUCGCGAUCAUCCUCGACAUUCAUUGCUGCAUCAUUUUCACAUGUACAUUUGUGCGUGUACACAUACACACGCGCUCCUACCAGACAAUUUUUUUUUUUUUGUCAACAUUUUAUUAUCGAUCAUUCAGUGUUUUCUCGUGAAGACGAAUUCUCGGAUUGCCCAUAGAAUCGUCGAUUCUGUAAAUAAAGACGAAGAGCGACAAUCGCGAGAAUAUCGGUGACACACUGAAAAUCGUAUGCGCGUGUAUAUAUAUAUAUCUCCGAUGGAAAAACGGAUCGUUUGAGAUUCUGCUGUAUCUCGGCAAACAAACGAUGCGCUUCUUCCGCAACCGCUAAUCACAUGGGCAAUGUGCAAAAUAGCACUACUUCUUCCGUUACGAAAUAACGGAAUUCUUUCUUAACGGUUGUCGCACGAAAUCGCUCGUAAUUCGGCAGAGAGAGAGAGAGAGAGAGAGAGAGAGAGAGAGAGAGAGAGAGAGAGGAGAGAUUUCGAGGGAAUCAGGAGUUGCGCGAUAUCAUCGAGAGAGAAAAAAAGGAACUUGAUCUACCUGUUGUAGGCUUAAGGCGAAAAAAAUAAAAGAGAGACAGACAUUGCAUUACAAAGCUACUCUAUCGUUAAACUUACCACUAACUCCUUCAAUUAUCCGAAUAAAAUAUUAACGUAUACCCGAAUACCCGCAUAUAGAGAUGGCAUGAUAAAUAAUACACCUACGCAUUACACACACGGUGACACGCGCAAGUAUCUCUAGGCCGUAGAUCUUAAGGCUGUACCUACUACAUCAUGAAAUUUUAUUGGCGUGACGCGUCUUAAGAAUCUUGCAGAGAAAGAAAAAGAGUGAGAGAGAGCCUCCGCUGUAGAGAGUAUACAUCGCUAUAUUAUAAGUAUAAAUAUAUGGGUGAAUCGUGUACGAGUGGAAUCUGUAUGACGUGACACGUGACGCUUAAACGUGUAUAGUAAUAUUAUCAGCAGACAAGAGACACGCGAUGAGAGAGAUGGGAUAAUAAUCAUUAAGGAUCAAAUUCGUCCCUUUUCGCGCGACAGCCGUGCACUCGCGCAUCUCAGGAGUCAAACGUGUCGAAAGGAGAGACAGUGAGAAUCGUACACAAUGCUAUUCCUUCCACUUAGAUAUUUUACGAUUGUUGUUUAAUGCUAUAUUUUAUUGUAUCUCUCUCUUGCAGUUAUUAAUUUUUUUCUUUAUUUAGGAACAAUUUUAAGUUUUUGUUGCUUAAUUAGUCGUGUUAAUUAACGUGAACGUUUUACUUUUUAAGAGGGACAGGGAAGGUUAAUAGUUUUGAAAAGUUAUUGUACAAAAUAUAUACGAGUCAUCGCGAAUGCGUAGCGUAAGAGAAGUCGAAAUGCGGCGUGCACGGUGCUCGAAAUUGUUGAUAUUUUUUUAUAUUAUAUGUAUAUUAUCGUCCGCCUUUUUGAAGAAUCGCCAACGCGAGUUUUAUUGUCGCGUUUUGCAGAGAAGCAAAAAAAAAGAA